CUAGUGUUUGGAGCUCUGCGCGGUGGGCAUGCGCGUUCAUGGCGGUGUUCCUCCUUGGCAGGGUCAGCCGGUCAGCUAGGAUCAUAGCACGGCUGGGAGGCUGUCACAGGGCAGCAUGGAGGGGAGUCAGGAGGAGGAAGACCACGGCUACCACCUGUUCCCGGAGAGACAUAACGGGGAGCGGAAAAAGGGCUUCACACUGCCCAGCAUAUUUACUCAACAUAGGAAAUGUCAAGUUAUGCUGAACAUAGCGCUGGAGACCAACCCAUAUGCCAAGUUACUUAUGGAUGCUAUGAAGUCGUCCGGUUGCACAGUUUACAAAGACAGGCAUUUUUCAUGUGAAGAAUGUGAUGGUGCAGUGAGUGGAGGGUUCGAUGCAGCUUCAUCUGAGAUUGUAUUGUGUCAGAACAACAUUCUGAAUCAGUCACACAUGAAUCGUGUAGUUACACAUGAACUUAUUCAUGCAUACGAUCACUGCCGCGCUCACGUCGACUGGUUCAACAACGUUCGCCAUUUGGCCUGUUCUGAGAUUAGAGCUGCCAAUCUCAGCGGUGAUUGCUCACUUGGCAAUGAGCUAAAUCGGUUUAAAUUUGGAUUUAAAGAACACCACAAGGUAUGUGUCCGCGAUCGAGCUCUUCGAUCUAUUUUAGCUGUUAGAAAAGUCAGCCGAGAAGCAGCGGAGAAAGCCGUGGAGGAUGUGUUUGAUACAUGCUUUAAUGACCAUGAGCCAUUUGGCCGGAUUCCACAUAGUAAAAGAGAUGCUAAAUAUGCAUACAGGGAUUUUCAAAACCGGAACCGCUAUUAUGCCAAUCUCUAACAAAUCAUUCAGGUUAUUUAUAAGAACUUGGUCCACUGCUUUUUGGUUUCCACAUUUGUGAUUUUUAUAUUGAUUAUCAAAUGAUUCAAGACAUUUGAUCAUUUUAUGUUUUUGUUUUUGUUUUGUUUUUUUCUCCUACAUAAUAAAAC